AUGAAUAGAGUAAAAAGUCUUCACUAUCCUGAGGGCUAUGUAGGCUGCUACAAGGAUUCUUAUUUUAGAGUUUUACCUACAGAACUGGAGUAUCUGGAUUUGAACUGUGCUGCUACAUGUAAAGGUGAAUGUAAGAAAGAGGGAUUCAGAUAUGCUGGCACAGAGAGUGGCGAAGAAUGUUUCUGUGGGAAUGAAAUUAAUCAGAACCACGACACACUCCCUGAUACGGAAUGUAACGUCCCAUGCCCUGGUCAAAAAGACGAAAACUGUGGCGGGCACUGGCGUAUAUCCAUAUACGAUACAUCUGAAACAAAUAAACAUCUAAGUGGGUCCACAACAGUGACAAGAGACGUUUUUUCACCUGUCGUAACAGUUUCACAAACCCAAGCCGGAGGAACGCAAGACCCGGCGACACCCACCACAGCUUCUGAUGAAAUACCAACAGAAGCUUCUGAUCCGACUGUACUGCAGUUCAUAACUUCAUCAGCUGCCACAAUUUCACCAACACAAGCUGUAAGAACACAAAACCUAACGAAGCAUACAACAGCUACUAAUGGAAGCAAAUCAGUAGUUUCUGAUCCGACUACACAACAGUUAAUUUCUUCAACAGCCAACAUAGUUUCAACGAAAGAUGUAAGAAUACAAAACCUGACGACGCCUACAACAGCUACUGAUGAAAUAAAGUUAGAAGUUUCUGAUCCAACUACACCACAAUUAAUUCUUUCAACAGCCAACACAGUUUCAACGAAAGAUGUAAGAAAUCAGAACCGGACGACGCCUACAACAGCUACUAAUGAAAUAAAGUCAGAAGUUUCUGAUCCAACUAUACAACAAUUAAUUCCUUCAACAGCCAACACAGUUUCAACGAAAGAUGUAAGAAUGCAAAACGUGACGACGCCUAUAACAGCUACCGAUGAAAUAAAGCCAAACGUUUCUGAUCCAUUUAUACCACAAUUAAUUCCUUCAACAGCCGACACAGUUUCAACGAAAGAUGUAAGAAUACAAAACCUGACGACGCCUACAACAGCUACCGAUGAAAUAAAGUCAGAAGUUUCUGAUCCAACUACACCACAAUUAAUUUCUUCAACAGCCAACACAGUUUCAACGAAAGAUGUAAGAAUACAAAACCUGACGACGCCUACAACAGUAACUGAUGAAAUAAAGCCAGAAGACUUUGAUCCAACUACACCACAAUUAAUUCCUUCAAAAGCCAACACAGUUUCAACGAACGAUGUAAGAAUUCAAAACCUGACGACGCCUAUAACAGCUACCGAUGAAAUAAAGUCAGAAGUUUCUGAUCCAACUACACCACAAUUAAUUCCUUCAACAGCCAACACAGUUUCAACAAAAGAUAUAAGAAUACAAAACCUGACGACGCCUACAACAGCUACUGAUGAAAUAAAGUCAGAAGGUUCUGAUCCAACUACACCACAAUUAAUUCCUUCAACAGCCAACACAUUUUCAACGAAAGAUGUAAGAAAACAAAACCUGACGACGCCUAUAACAGCUACCGAUGAAAUAAAGUCAGAAGUUUCUAAUCCAACUACACCACAAUUAAUUUCUUCAACAGCCAACACAGUUUCAACGAAAGAUGUAAGAAUACAAAACCUGACGACGCCUGCAACAGUUACUGAUGAAAUAAAGCCAGAAGACUUUGAUCCAACUACACCACAAUUAAUUCUUCAACAGACAACACAGUUUCAACGAAAGAUAGUUUUACCUACAGAACUGGAGUAUCUGGAUUUGAACUGUGCUGCUACAUGUAAAGGUGAAUGUAAGAAAGAGGGAUUCAGAUAUGCUGGUACAGAGUGCUCUGGGCAAAAAGACGAAAACUGUGGCGGGCACUGGCGUAUAUCCAUAUACGAUACAUCUGAAACAAACAAACAUCUAAGUGGGUCCACAACAGUGACAAGAGACGUUUUUUCACCUGUCGUAACAGUUUCACAAACCCAAGCCGGAGGAACGCAAGACCCGGCGACACCCACCACAGCUACUGAUGAAAUACCAACAGAAGCUUCUGAUCCGACUGCACUGCAGUUCAUAACUUCAUCAGCUGCCACAAUUUCAUCAACACAAGCUGUAAGAACACAAAACCUAACGAAGCAUACAACAGCUACUAAUGGAAUCAAAUCAGAAGUUUCUGGUCCGACUACACAACAAUUAAUUUCUUCAACAGCCAACACAGUUUCAACGAAAGAUGUAAGAAUACAAAACCUGACGACGCCUAUAACAGCUACCGAUGAAAUAAAGUCAGAAGUUUCUGAUCCAACUACACCACAAUUAAUUCCUUCAACAGCCAACACAGUUUCAACGAACGAUGUAAGAAUUCAAAACCUGACGACGCCUAUAACAGCUACCGAUGAAAUAAACCAACACAGUUUCAACAAAGAUAUAAGAAUACAAAACCUGACGACGCCUACAACAGCUACUGAUGAAAUAAAGUCAGAAGGUUCUGAUCCAACUACACCACAAUUAAUUCCUUCAACAGCCAACACAUUUUCAACGAAAGAUGUAAGAAUACAAAACCUGACGACGCCUAUAACAGCUACCGAUGAAAUAAAGUCAGAAGUUUCUAAUCCAACUACACCACAAUUAAUUUCUUCAACAGCCAACACAGUUUCAACGAAAGAUGUAAGAAUACAAAACCUGACGACGCCUGCAACAGUUACUGAUGAAAUAAAGCCAGAAGACUUUGAUCCAACUACACCACAAUUAAUUCCUUCAACAGACAACACAGUUUCAACGAAAGAUGUAAGAUUACAAAACGUGACGACGGCUACAACAGCUACCGAUGAAAUACUAAAAGAAGUUCCUGAUGAGACUACACCGCGAUACACACUUUCAACGGCUAGCACAGUUUCAUCAACGUAUACUGCUGGAAACAAAAAUGCCGUAAAAAGUCUUUACUACCCUGAGGGCUAUGUAGGCUGCUACAAGGAUUCUUAUUUUAGAGUUUUACCUACAGAACUGGAGUAUCUGGAUUUGAACUGUGCUGCUACAUGUAAAGGUGAAUGUAAGAAAGAGGGAUUCAGAUAUGCUGGUACAGAGAGUGGCGAAGAAUGUUUUUGUGGGAAUGAAAUUAAUCAGAACCAUGACAAACUCCCUAACACGGAAUGUAACGUCCCAUGCUCUGGGCAAAAAGACGAAAACUGUGGCGGGCACUGGCGUAUAUCCAUAUACGAUACAUCUGAAACAAACAAACAUCUAAGUGGGUCCACAACAGUGACAAGAGACGUUUUUUCACCUGUCGUAACAGUUUCACAAACCCAAGCCGGAGGAACGCAAGACCCGGCGACACCCACCACAGCUACUGAUGAAAUACCAACAGAAGCUUCUGAUCCGACUGCACUGCAGUUCAUAACUUCAUCAGCUGCCACAAUUUCAUCAACACAAGCUGUAAGAACACAAAACCUAACGAAGCAUACAACAGCUACUAAUGGAAUCAAAUCAGAAGUUUCUGGUCCGACUACACAACAAUUAAUUUCUUCAACAGCCAACACAGUUUCAACGAAAGAUGUAAGAAUACAAAACCUGACGACGCCUAUAACAGCUACCGAUGAAAUAAAGUCAGAAGUUUCUGAUCCAACUACACCACAAUUAAUUCCUUCAACAGCCAACACAGUUUCAACGAACGAUGUAAGAAUUCAAAACCUGACGACGCCUAUAACAGCUACCGAUGAAAUAAAGUCAGAAGUUUCUGAUCCAACUACACCACAAUUAAUUCCUUCAACAGCCAACACAGUUUCAACAAAAGAUAUAAGAAUACAAAACCUGACGACGCCUACAACAGCUACUGAUGAAAUAAAGUCAGAAGGUUCUGAUCCAACUACACCACAAUUAAUUCCUUCAACAGCCAACACAUUUUCAACGAAAGAUGUAAGAAUACAAAACCUGACGACGCCUAUAACAGCUACCGAUGAAAUAAAGUCAGAAGUUUCUAAUCCAACUACACCACAAUUAAUUUCUUCAACAGCCAACACAGUUUCAACGAAAGAUGUAAGAAUACAAAACCUGACGACGCCUGCAACAGUUACUGAUGAAAUAAAGCCAGAAGACUUUGAUCCAACUACACCACAAUUAAUUCCUUCAACAGACAACACAGUUUCAACGAAAGAUGUAAGAUUACAAAACGUGACGACGGCUACAACAGCUACCGAUGAAAUACUAAAAGAAGUUCCUGAUGAGACUACACCGCGAUACACACUUUCAACGGCUAGCACAGUUUCAUCAACGUAUACUGCUGGAAACAAAAAUGCCGUAAAAAGUCUUCACUACCCUGAGGGCUAUGUAGGCUGCUACAAGGAUUCUUAUUUUAGAGUUUUACCUACAGAACUGGAGUAUCUGGAUUUGAACUGUGCUGCUACAUGUAAAGGUGAAUGUAAGAAAGAGGGAUUCAGAUAUGCGGGCACAGAGAGUGGCGAAGAAUGUUUUUGUGGGAAUGAAAUUAAUCAGAACCACGACACACUCCCUGAUACGGAAUGUAACGUCCUAUGCCCUGGUCAAAAAGACGAAAACUGUGGCGGGCACUGGCGUAUAUCCAUAUACGAUACAUCUGAAACAAAUAAACAUCUAAGUGGGUCCACAACAGUGACAAGAGACGUUUCUUCACCUGUCGUAAUAGUUUCACAAACCCAAGCCGGAGGAACGCAAGGCCCGGCGACACCCACCACAGCUACUGAUGAAAUACCAACAGAAGCUUCUGAUCCGACUGCACUGCAGUUCAUAACUUCAUCAGCAGCUACAAUUUCACCAACACAAGCUGUAAGAACACAAAACCUAACGAAGCAUACAGCAGCUACUAAUGGAAGCAAAUCAGAAGUUUCUGAUCCGACUACACAACAAUUAAUUUCUUCAACAGCCAACACAGUUUCAACGAAAGAUGUAAGAAUACAAAACCUGACGACGCCUACAACAGCUACUGAUGAAAUAAAGUCAGAAGUUUCUGAUCAAACUACACCACAGUUAAUUCUUUCAACAGCCAACACAGUUUCAACGAAAGAUGUAAGAAUACAGAACCUCACGACGCCUACAACAGCUACUAAUGAAAUAAAGUCAGAAGUUUCUGAUCCAACUAUACAACAAUUAAUUCUUUCAACAGCCAACACAGUUUCAACGAAAGAUGUAAGAAUACAAAACCUGACGACACCUAUAACAGCUACUGAUGAAAUAAAGCCAAACGUUUCUGAUCCAUUUACACCACACUUAAUUCCUUCAACAGCCAACACAGUUUCAACGAAAGAUGUAAGAAUACAAAACCCGACGACGCCUACAACAGCUACUGAUGAAAUAAAGUUAGAAGUUUCUGAUCAAACUACACCACAAUUAAUUCUUUCAACAGCCAACACAGUUUCAACGAAAGAUGUAAGAAAUCAGAACCUCACGACGCCUACAACAGCUACUAAUGAAAUAAAGUCAGAAGUUUCUGAUCCAACUAUACAACAAUUAAUUCCUUCAACAGCCAAAACUGUUUCAACGAAAGAUAUAAGAAUACAAAACCUGACGACGCCUACAACAGCUACUGAUGAAAUAAAGUCAGAAGUUUCUGAUCCAACUACACCACAAUUAAUUUCUUCAACAACCAACACAGUUUCAACAAAAGAUGUAAGAAUACAAAACCUGACGACGCCUACAACAGUAACUGAUGAAAUAAAGCCAGAAGACUUUGAUCCAACUACACCACAAUUAAUUCCUUCAACAGCCAACACAGUUUCAACGAACGAUGUAAGAAUUCAAAACCUGACGACACCUAUAACAGCUACCGAUGAAAUAAAGUCAAAAGUUUCUGAUCCAACUACACCACAAUUAAUUCCUUCAACAGCCAACACAGUUUUAACAAAAGAUGUAAGAAUACAAAACCUGACGACGCCUACAACAGCUACUGAUGAAAUAAAGUCAGACGGUUCUGAUCCAACUACACCACAAUUGAUUCCUUCAACAGCCAACACAGUUUCAACGAACGAUGUAAGAAUUCAAAACCUGACGACGCCUAUAACAGCUACCGAUGGAAUAAAGUCAGAAGUUUCUAAUCCAACUACACCACAAUUAAUUUCUUCAACAGCCAACACAGUUUCAACGAAAGAUGUAAGAAUACAAAACCCGACGACGCCUACAACAGUUACUGAUGAAAUAAAGCCAGAAGACUUUGAUCCAACUACACCACAAUUAAUUCCUUCAACAGCCAACACAGUUUCAACGAAAGAUGUAAGAUUACAAAACGUGACGACGCCUACAACAGCUACCGAUGAAAUACUUAAAGAAGUUCCUGAUGAAACUACACCGCGAUACUCACUUUCAACGGCCAGCACAGUUUCAUCAACGUAUACUGCUGGAAACAAAAAUUCCGUUGGUGUCAUAGCAGCGGUUGUUGCAACAUCUGUGGUCAUGCUACUGAAACGGAGGCGAAAAAGUGUACAUUUGUUACCCGACGUAAGGUAUCAUGCAGCUUGUUCUACACGAGAAACAUUUGAAGACGAUACAGAAGCUAGUCAAUUUUUGAAGAAUAUGUCUAAACAUAAUGCUACAAACCUCUCAGCUUAA